AACCUGAAACGUUAUUAUAGGAAAUCAUGGCUGGCAAAACCGCACUGCUAGUUUUAGCUCACCAGGAGAAGACGUCAUUUAAUUAUGCCAUGAAGGACGCAGCAGCGAGCGCACUGAAGAAGAAAGGGUGGAAAGUGUUGGAGUCUGACCUCUACGCCUUGAAAUUUAACGCUGUUUUGUCACGUUCUGAUAUUACAGGUAAACCUAAGGAUCCAAAUCAUUUCAAAUACGGAGCAGAGUCUUUGGAAGCAUGGAAGGAAGGACGCCUUUCCAAAGACAUUGUUGAAGAACAGAAGAAGGUUGAAAAAGCCGACCUUAUUAUAUUUCAGUUUCCCCUGUACUGGUUUGGGAUGCCCUCCAUAAUGAAAGGAUGGGUCGAGCGAGUGUUCACACUGGGUUUUGCCUACACUUUUCAGACUAUGUAUUCUGAAGGACUAUUCAAGAAUAAGAAAGCUCUUCUUUCUAUCACAACUGGUGCCCCAUCAUCAAUGACCUCACCUUCGGGGUUGGGCGGAGACAUAAAUGUCAAUCUGUGGCCAAUGCAGAACGGCAUUCUGAAUUUCUGCGGCUUUCAAGUCUUGGAGCCACAACUGUCGUACGCCGUGGCUCACCUUCCCCAGGAGGCCCGUGUUGAGAUACUGAAGAACUGGGAGAAGCGACUGGAGGCUAUCUGGGAUGAAAAGCCCAUCAAAUUUCUCCCAAUUCAAGACUUUGAAGGCUAUUCUGGUGGAUUUGUACUGAAGAAAGAGGUGGAAGAAGCCCUGGCUGCAUCCAAGUAUGCUCCAACAGUGGGUCAGAACCUGGGCAAGCCUCUACUGCCUGACAGCCAGCUGAAAGCAGAAGGCAACAGGCUGUGAAAAGACUGUAUUGUGG